AUGCAAUCGGCAGAGUAUCAGGAAUAUCGCCAACCCGUAGUUCCUGCAGUCGCAUCCACGCAAGAUGCUGGUGAUCGCAAUGCCUUCCGCUUGUCUGUAACUUCUUCAGACCACGCGGGCAACCAUGGGCCAGCAACCCGGCCUGGCAAUGCUUCGGUUUUUUCUUAUGGGGACAGGGCAGAUGAUCUGAGUAUUUUGAGCGAUCCUAUGGGAUACCGUAACUUAACGACCCAUUUUCAAGGACGCUCAACUCAAAAGGACCAGAUGAGAGCCAAGUUAGGGUUAGCAGACCGCCGUUCUGAGGCGUCUGGCAAACGUCCGCCGAAAUCAUCUCAGUGCAGGGACAACAACCCCUCGAUUACGGCCCAGGAUUCCUCCGACCCUUUUGUGUUCUCAUCAGGUUUACGUGAGGAGGAACAAUUUCACACUGAAGAUCCGUUUCCUCUCCGUUUCACCAAUCGGGAGACUCUCGAAUGCUAUCAGCCUGUCACGCCCAGCAAUGCUUUCGCUCAGCAGCCAUCAGGACUUCAGCAACUCCCGGUUGGGGAACCCGAUGAACCAUCAUGGUUCUGGCAAUUCAGAAGACAAUGUUUUUCUGAUCAGAAGGAAAUGCGCCAAAGAAUGGCAAACGGAGUAACAAAGAGUUUUACCGGUCUUUCGUCCCAGUCAGUUCAAGGUUCAAUCGAACCGUUAAGCAAUUCUGUCAUCCAACGUGCGGAAACUAUGGCAAGUCACCAUACCCAAACCACAGGAAGAACAGAGAAGAUCGACCAGGCCGGGGCAACGGUCCAGAAUCUUCGAGAAAUAAAGAAGGUCCUCGCAGAAAUCGCAGCUACGAAUCGAGAGCAGCUAGACGCCUUCCAGAAGGAGAGAGCCGAAAUACUGGUUGCUGCCGACCAUCACUGGGCACCAGGAGGAUAUCGCUGA